AUGCUUCUUCCCAGUUUGCGUGCAAAAAGUUUCGGCUUGGCCCGAAGUUUCUGCUCGUCUUCGUUGAUCAGAAACGCCACCCCGUCCUACCAGGGCGGCAAGUUGGUACAGCUGCUUCAAAAAAACGGCGCCCAAGGUGCCACUGUCGAUGUUUCCAAAGUCUUGGUCAUUGGGUCUGGAGGCUUGUCGAUUGGCCAAGCAGGAGAAUUCGACUACUCUGGCUCGCAGGCCAUCAAGGCGUUGAAAGAGGCCAACAAAACGUCCAUUUUGGUCAACCCUAAUAUUGCUACUAAUCAAACGUCGCAUGCUUUGGCUGACGAAAUCUACUACUUGCCGGUUACUCCAGAGUAUGUCACGUAUAUCAUCGAAAGAGAACGGCCCGACGGCAUUUUGUUGACUUUUGGCGGCCAGACAGGCCUCAAUGUUGGCGUCCAGCUAGACAAAAUGGGUGUUUUUGACCGGUAUGGCGUCAAGGUGCUUGGCACGCCAAUCCUGACGUUGGAAACGUCCGAGGACCGUGAUUUGUUCGCACAGGCGCUUAAAGAAAUCGACAUUCCGAUCGCCGAGUCGAUCGCUGUCGAAACCGUGGACGCAGCGCUCGAAGCCGCUGCCAACGUUGGAUAUCCGAUCAUUGUGCGUUCUGCCUACUCCUUGGGCGGGCUUGGGUCGGGCUUUGCCGCGUCCGAACAGGAGCUCCGUGACUUGGCCGCCCAGUCUUUGUCCUUGGCCCCGCAGAUUCUCGUGGAGAAGUCGCUUAAGGGCUGGAAAGAAGUGGAAUAUGAGGUUGUGCGGGACAAGGACGGAAACUGUAUCACCGUGUGCAACAUGGAGAACUUUGACCCGCUCGGAAUCCACACAGGUGACUCUAUUGUUGUUGCGCCCUCGCAGACAUUGUCUGACGAGGAAUACCAUAUGUUGAGAAGUGCUGCGAUCAAAAUCAUCCGCCAUUUGGGCGUGGUGGGCGAAUGUAACGUUCAGUACGCCUUGCAGCCAGACGGAUUGGAUUUCCGUGUCAUCGAGGUCAACGCUCGUCUUUCCCGGUCUUCGGCUUUGGCCUCCAAGGCCACAGGCUAUCCAUUGGCUUACACCGCAGCGAAAAUCGCCUUGGGCCAUACAUUGCCCGAGUUGCCCAACCCAGUGACAAAGACAACCACUGCCAACUUCGAGCCCUCGUUGGAUUACAUUGUGACCAAGAUUCCUCGCUGGGACUUGGCCAAGUUCCAACAUGUCAAGCGGGACAUCGGCUCUGCCAUGAAAUCGGUCGGUGAAGUGAUGGCCAUUGGCCGUACGUUCGAAGAGUCCUUCCAGAAGGCCAUUCGUCAAGUGGACCCAUCUUUCUGUGGCGUUCAAGGCGCCCAAUUUGACGACUUGGACGCAGCCUUGGCCAACCCAACGGACCGCAGAUGGUUGGCCGUGGGCCAGGCUUUGCUUCACGAAAACUACGACGUCGACCGUGUUCACGACUUGACCAAAAUCGACAAGUGGUUUUUGUACAAGAUCAUGAACAUCGUCCACAUGUACCGCGAGCUUGAGGCAGCAAAGACACUCGAGUCGAUCCACCACGACUUGAUGCUGCGGGCAAAGAAACUCGGCUUUUCCGACAAGCAAAUUGCUCAGUGCGUCGGGGCCAAGGAGCUUGAGGUUCGUGCCGCAAGAAAGAAGUUUGGCAUUGUUCCGUUCGUCAAGAAGAUCGACACGUUGGCCGCUGAGUUCCCAGCAAACACAAACUACUUGUACACGACAUACAACGCCACAUGCUCAGACGUCGAUUUCAACGAGCAUGGCACGAUGGUUUUGGGUUCGGGCGUUUACCGGAUUGGCUCUUCGGUCGAGUUCGACUGGUGUGCAGUGGAAACAGCCCGGGCCUUGAGAAAAGCUGGCCACCGCACGGUUAUGGUCAACUACAAUCCAGAAACGGUGUCGACGGACUUUGACGAGGUGGACCGCUUGUAUUUCGAAGAGCUCUCGUUGGAGAGAGUGUUGGACAUUUAUGAGUUGGAGACUGCCAGCGGUGUUGUUGUGAGUGUGGGCGGCCAAUUGCCCCAGAAUAUUGCCUUGCCCUUACAAGAGGCCGGAUGCAACGUUUUGGGCACGAACCCGCUUGACAUUGACCGUGCUGAAGACAGACACAAGUUUUCCUCGAUCUUGGACUCCAUUGGCGUGGACCAGCCUCGCUGGAAAGAAUUGACAUCUGUUGCUGAAGCAGAGAAGUUUGCCAACGAGGUCGGCUACCCUGUUUUGGUUCGCCCAUCGUACGUCUUGUCUGGUGCGGCCAUGUCUGUCAUCUGGUCGCAGAAAGAAUUGGACUCCAAGUUGACUAGUGCCGCCAAUGUGCUGCAGGACCAUCCAGUGGUGAUUUCCAAGUUCAUUGAAGAUGCACAGGAAAUCGACAUUGACGGUGUCGCUUAUGACGGAAAAGUGCUCGUUCAUGCUGUUUCGGAGCAUGUUGAGAACGCCGGUGUUCAUUCCGGUGACGCUACGUUGGUGUUGCCUCCACAGAAAUUGGACCUGGAUGUCAUGGCCCGUCUCAAGACGAUUGCUGAUAAAGUGGCCGAAGCCUGGAAAAUCACAGGGCCUUUCAAUAUGCAAGUGAUCAAGAGUGAUGUUGAUGGAGAAACACAAUUGAAGGUGAUCGAGUGCAACAUCAGAGCAUCUCGGUCUUUCCCGUUCGUGUCGAAAGUUUUGGGCACAAGCUUCAUUUCGGUUGCGGCGCAAGCUCUUUUGGGUGAAAAUGUCCCUGCCCCUGUUGAUUUGAUGUCACAAAAGUAUAACUACGUGGCCACGAAGGUGCCUCAGUUUUCUUUUACUCGUUUGGCCGGUGCAGACCCAUUUUUGGGCGUGGAAAUGGCUUCCACCGGUGAAAUUGCUUGUUUUGGCGAUUCGCUAGUCGAAGCAUACUGGACUUCCAUGCAAGCCACGAUGAACUUCAAAGUUCCGCUUCCAGGCUCGGGUCUUUUGUUUGGAGGAGACUUGCUGAAUGAAAAAUUGGGCCAUGUGGCCCAGACUGUUUCUGGCCUCGGAUACAACUUCUACACAGCUUCGCCUGAAGUGGCAGAGUACCUUUCAAAGUAUGUUUCUGAAGAAGUGGAGGUGAUUGCGUUCCCAAAGACCGAUAAGAGAGCGUUGCGGGAGAUUUUCCAAGAAAAGAGCAUUGGCGCUGUUUUCAACUUGGCCCGCUCUAGAGCCGAAAGCUUAUUGGACGAAGACUACGUGAUGCGGCGCAAUGCCAUUGACUUUGGCAUUGCCUUGUUCAAUGAAAAGAACACAGCCCAGCUAUUUGCCCAAUGUUUGCGGGAGAAGAUUGGCACAAAGAUUGAUUUUGCCUCUGUUCCACUGAAGGUGGAAGUUCCACACGAGGUUCGCCGUUGGAGCGAGUUUUUGGGUGGAAAGCCUGUCUAA